CAAUAAUCGAGACUGAAAAUUGUUGAAAUGGACUUGUUUUGUCUUGCAAAUAAAGAACUUAGCAAUUCUGGCUGUGACAGAGAUGAUUCUUCAGCCUUUUUAGACAUGGAAUAACAAUUAGAAUGUGUACAUAAAACAAACAUGAGAAAAUAUUUAGCCUUAUAAAGCACAGAGAAGAGUGAUAUUAGUAAGCUAGUUCCUCAUUUCUUGAAAGCCUUAGAAUGGAGCAGGUCCAUUAUGGUUCACAGAGAAGAGAAGAACCAGACGACUUAAAUUUGAGAGAGUGGGCGGUAAGGGCAAGGAUGAAGUGUGAGAACACAAAUUCCAGAAGGUUUUCAGGGUCAUAUCUAAGAAGCUUUAGGGAAGAAGAUGGGAGAUCCUUCAGAUCAAACAUAACCAUCUCCAGCACUGCUUCUUCCCCAGGCUACUACUCCAUGAGAGAUGAAAUUGACCCAUCAACCUACUCAUUCACUACCGCUCUCAAAGCAUUACAAUCCAGGUCGAAUUAUAAUAGUUGGGAAAGCUUGUCACCGCCAGAAGGGCUUGCUUUGAACUCAAAGUGGUAUGAAGCAGAGAAAUAUAUUUGCAAUCCUCUCUCAGGGGAGGUUCCAAUGGAGUGUUUAUCUGCUAAGUCACUGAGCGCAAGGUCAUUCAGAAAUUCAAGAACCAGAAUCACCAUGUCUGCUCCUUUAGUUUAUUCCACAAAUUCCACACAACUCCAGGAAAGGCCAAUUACUUUUACACAAAUUCCAGAUGUAGAAAAGAAAGUGGAAGGGAUGACUAAGGAUGUGGGAACUCAAAGCACACCGCCUGAUAGAAGCUCAACAAGUCCUAGCCCUGCUUCCACGCCUCCCAUUAAAGAGAGGUCGUUAAAGAAUUGUGGGAAAGAAGAAACUGGUUCAUCUAAUUCUUAUUCCAUUCCAAGAACGAAAUCAGAGAAAGUGGUGAGAAGUAAAGCAAGCAAAGAAAAGGAGAUGCCAAAAGGAGAAAAGGGAGAUAGAAACAGUACAAAGGAGCAAACGUGGAGGCAAGGUGGGUGCCUGUCAUGGAUGAGAACAAGACAGAGGGAUAAACACAAAACAAGAAAAAACAACUUUUUACCUCAUUUGAAAGGGUGCUGAAAAGUUACUGAGGAAAUGGGAAAAGGAAAGGAGAUUCGCUUUGUGUUUCAUUUUCAGGCAUAUUUUUGCAGGUGUUAGGGAGGGGGUUUGUGUUUGCGCUAAGAAAUUAAGAGCAAUCAUGGAGAAGGACCUCAGGCCUGCCUGCCUGCCUGCGUAGAAAGGUUAAGGCUUUUAGUUUAGGGGUUCUCUGCUUUAGUGUUGAUAUCAUUUCUCGUUUAUUGGGAUGGUGAAAGUUGGGAGCAGCUUUACCUUCUCACUUCACGUGCAUGCCUUUGUAGACCUUCAGACAAAUAAAGCUUUUGAUAACUAGGACUACUAAUUUCAU